UUUUGUUUGCCGUGUGGAAAUUAUGCUGAAUUCUGCCAAUUCUCCGAAGCUCAAUUAAGUUAAAAAGAGACAUAAAUCUAUUCAGAUUAUUAAUAAUUGCAGGAAGGUGGUAAAACAGGAAUAAAUAUGUCAAGAGAUAUUACUGUACUGUUACCCAAUGGAAGACGAAUUAAAGUUUACUGUACAGCCGAUACGAAUAUCUUACAGCUUCUAGAAGAUGUGUGUGCAAAACAAGGUUUCCAACCAACCGAUUAUGAUUUGAAACAUCAUAACCACCUAUUAGAUUUAACAACAACUGUAAGGUUUUGUAAUUUACCUAAUAAGGCUGUCCUUGAAAUGGUAGAAGCAGAGAAAAAAAGGGUAGAAUCAAAUGUUACUGUUGGAUUGAUGCUGAAUGAUGGUGAAAGAAUUAUGGGUGAUUUUGCACCGAAUACAUCACUUUAUGAUCUCAUAAUAUCUUUGGCUCCAAAUGAGUUGCCAUCUCUAGAAAAUCCAAGUAUUUCAUAUAUGAGACAAGAAGUAACAGGAAUACCUGCUUUGAAAGAAAAAAGUUUGAGGCAGCUAGGGUUAAUCGCAGGAAGAGCUAUUUUACGAUUGUUAGAUAAAUCUUCUGAUCCUGUCCAAGCAAAUGUAUCAUCAGUAUACCGUUGCGUUCCCGCUGAAAAAACUCAAAAUGUUCCUUUGCCUACUGAUCACAUACCAUGUGAUAGAUUUGAAAAACCUGGUCCUUCAGGUAUCAACAAUAAAGAUACACAAAAGCCAUUUGACCCAGUUAAACUGAUUCAAAAAGAGAAGGAACAAAAACAACAUAAAACAGAUUCUGCUGUCUGUGACGCAGGUUAUAAUUUAGAAAGACCUGAAACUGAUGAUGAAAAAACAAAGAAAAUUUCAACUUAUAAUGAUUCAACUACAAUGUCUCAACCUCGUAAACAUUUUCUGACCCAAGAAAACCUCGAAAGAAGGCUUAGGAUUGAAGAAGAAGUUACCUUUGUGGGAUCACAAAAAGCGAUUGCGUUUACACAGCCAGAUGUGGCUGAAGAUGAAUUGUCCGACCUCCCAGACGAUUUUUAUGAGUUAACUUUAGAGGAAGUCAGAAAGAUCUAUCAUGAGAUACAACAACAACGCAUAGAACUAGAAAACACGCCGAUGCUCACUUCUGCUAAAAGAGAUGAACUCGAACAGCAGGUCAAAGAAUCAUCAGUGCAGAAGUUAAACACUUAUAAAAAUGUAGUGGUCCGAAUACAAUUUCCUGACAACGUGAUACUUCAAGGGGUGUUUACCCCAAACAACACAAUAGAGGACAUACAAAAAUUUGUGAAGGAACACUUGCAUAACCAAGAUAAACCUUUUCAUAUAUUUACAACACCUCUGAAGGAAAGUUUAGAUCCUGCCAUGACAUUAAUAGAAGCAAAGUUUGUACCUUGUGUUCACAUGCACUUCAAAUGGUUAGAAGACAGUGAACAUCCCACAUACCUAAAAGAGGAAAUUUACACCAAGAAAACCUCUAGCAAUGCGGCCAGUAUUCUAGCUUCAAAGUACCGUGCACCAAAUAGAAGAAAACUUGAAGAUUUGCCAGAAGACUCGCAGAAGUCAAAUCCCACUUCGUCAACAUCAAAGCAGAGCAAAGUCCCAAAGUGGUUUAAGAAAUGAAAGCAUAUUAUUGUAUCGCUGCUCUAUAGAUUGUUGUACAGAACUUAGCUAAUAAAUGUAUUCAAAUAAUAGAA